AUGGCCGCCCGAACCUUUCAACCUCUGAGCCUGCUUCAAUUCCUCAGACAUGCUACUCACCAUUCUAUGACAAAUCAAACAACAUAUGUUCUAGGAAAUCCUUCUGCAGAUCUAGAUUCAAUAAUAUCAGCAAUUUUAUUUUCUUAUUUCUCAGCUUCAAAUCCGCAGCGAGAAAGUAAUAUCUCCCACCAAUACGUCCCAGUUAUAAAUCUACCUAACGUGCCCUCCGGCAGGGCACUUGGAAAAUUACGUCCGGAGUUUGUGACAGCAUUAAGGCUUGCAACAAAUGAAACUGGGCAAGAUGAUGAAGAGUUACUGAAAAAAAACAUCUUAACCCUCGCCAGUCUAAAAGAACAGCUGCAUUCCAGCGACAAACCUCCCAAGCCCGCUCAACCUAUCAAUGUGUUCAUGACAGACUGGAAUGCUUUGUCAGCAUUUGCAAACGGAACUCGAGGGAUUGAGGGUAUUUCCGGUACCAUCUCGGUGAAAGGAUGUAUCGACCAUCAUGAAGAUGAAAAGUUUGUUCCGUUAGAUGUUGGACUACGUUGUAUUCAGACCGGGGUAGGAAGCUGUACCUCUCUUGUUGUUCGCGAACUCCAGUCUCGUGGACUGUGGGAGGACAGCCGUUUUCGUGAUGCAGCACUGUCAGAAAAAGCUGACCCACCUCCUGAAACAUACGAAUCGCAAGUCGCAAAGCUUGCUUUAGCGGCAAUUCUUGCCGAUACCGUCAAUAUGACAGCAAAAGACAAAGUCUCAGAAGUUGACCGGCGGGCAGUAUCAUUUCUAGAAAAUAAAAUCAGGCAAGCAGAAGAUACCGUUUGGGACCGUAACGACUUCUACGAACAGAUAAUUCAGGCAAAGAACGCAAGCGUAGACAAUCUAACCAUCAACGAGGUCUUAGGCCGCGAUUACAAAGAUUGGAUUGAUCAGAUAAUCCGCCCAGUUUCCUCUAAUCAGAGUAUGAGUGUCAAAACCGGUAUAUGCAGCGUCGUGAGGUCUCUGUCGUGGCUCUUCGUUAAAUCAACAGAAGAAAAUGGAACACAUGGGGCUUCGCAAUCGCCUGUCGGCAGUUUUCUCUACUCCUUGCAUAACUUUGCACUGUCGAGAAAUCUAGAUGUCGUUGCUGUAAUGACGGCAUACAACUCUCAGCCAGGUGACAAGUUUCAUCGUGAGCUACUGCUAUAUGUUCCAAAUGACGCCUACAUCCAACAUUUGGCAACUUUCAAGGCUCUUGCUACUGACGCCCUUGGUCUAAAAAUGAAAAUGGGCAAACAAUAUCAAGCUCCAAAUAGUUUGGCUGCUUUUCAGCCAAGGACCCCGCUUCUUGUGCAUGUCUGGGAUCAAGAAAAUGUAUCUAAGAGCAGAAAACAAGUUGCUCCCUUGUUGAGAAGCAUUAUGACAGGAGCCCAAUGA